AUGGAGCUUCCUGGAUUUACACUUGGUGUCUUCAUACUUCUGUUGCACAUUAGUUCUGUGGCUAAUUAUCCCAAUGGAAAAGUAGCAAAGUCAUGCCAUGGAAUGAUUCCAGAACAUGGUCAUAGUCCACAGUCUCAUCCUGUUCAUCACAUUUCAGUGAAUCAGAAAACAUUCGGGCCAGGAGAUCAGAUCAAAGUGACUGUGUCAGGACCACCAUUUAAAGGCUUUCUUUUGGAAGCUCGUGAUGCUGAGGAUUUGAGUGGUGCUCUUAUUGGCUCCUUCACAUUGAUUGACAGUGAAUUGUCACAGAUUCUUACCUGUGAAGACGUGCAGGGGUCAGCUGUGAGUCACAGAAAUCCAUCCAAAAAAACUGAUAUAGAAGUCUACUGGAAUGCGCCAAGUAGUGCCCCAAAUCACAUACAGUUUCUAGUCACAGUUGUUGAGAAGUAUAAAAUCUACUGGGUGAAGAUUCCUGGUCCUGUAAUUUCACAACCAAAUGUACUUCCCUUUACAACACAUGAAGCUACACCAGCACCUUUGUCAACGUUGCCCCCAGUCUCCCAUUUAACCAAAUCAUUCAGUGCUUCAGACUGUGGGAACAAGAAGUUCUGUAUCACAAGUCCUUUGAACUGUGACCCAGAGAAAGAACGUGCCUGCAUCUUCUUGUCCUUCACCAGAGAUGACCAGUCGGUGAUGGUGGAAAUGAGUGGUCCCAGUAAAGGCUAUUUAUCCUUCGCAUUUUCUCAUGACCAAUGGAUGGGUGAUGAUGAUGCAUAUGUGUGUAUUCGUGAUGGUGACACUGUGCACAUACAGGCUUCCCAUUUGACUGGACGAAGUCACCCUGUGAUAGACUCUGGGGGUAGUCUUGAGGAUAUGGCUUGGAGGUUGACGGAUGGUGUUAUGCAGUGUUCUUUCAGAAGAAACAUUAGCCUUCCUGGUUUUGAGAAUAGAGUUGACCUAAACACCAGCUACUACAUAUUUAUAGCAGAUGGUGCAGCUGAUAAUGGUCGAAUUUAUAAACAUACCCAGCAACCUCUGAUUACAUAUGAAACACACAAUGUGACAGACUAUCCAAAGAACAUAGGAGGAUCCCAUUCUUCACUCCUUCUGAAGAUUCAUGGUGCCUUAAUGUUCAUGGCAUGGAUGACUACUGUUAGCAUAGGUGUACUGAUUGCCCGGUUCUUCAAACCUGUUUGGUCAAAAGCUUUCUUCUUUGGUGAAGCACCUUGGUUUCAGGUGCAUCGAAUGCUCAUGAUUUCUACAUCUGCUCUCACCUGCAUUGCUUUUGUUCUGCCUUUUAUAUACAGAGCGGGCUGGAGUUCUAAUGCAGGUUAUCACCCAUACCUUGGUUGCAUAGUGAUGACGUUAGCAGUUCUUCAGCCUCUUCUGGCAGCCUUCAGGCCACCUAUACAUGACCCAAGAAGGCAAAUGUUUAACUGGACUCAUUGGAGUAUGGGAACAGCUGCAAGAAUAAUAGCAGUGGCAGCAAUGUUCCUUGGAAUGGAUUUACCUGGACUGAAUCUUCCUGAACCACGGAAAACCUAUGCAAUGAUUGGAUUUGUAGCCUGGCAUGUUGGAAUUGAGAUGGUUCUGGAGAUACAUGCUUACCGACUCACUCGGAAAGUUGAAAUACUGGAUGAUACUAGAAUUCAGAUCCUUCAGUCAUUUACUGCAGCUGAAGCAGAAGGUCAUGCAUUUAAAAAGGCGGUGUUAGCAAUUUAUGUCUGUGGAAAUGUGACGUUCCUCAUCAUAUUCUUAUCUGCAAUCAAUCAGUUAUGA